AUGCGGCCGACCAGAUUGCUCUCACAGAAUCUUCGACUUACGCUGUUCACGCGGGUAAAUUGCUCGCUCUGCGAUGUCGUCAAACACACCCUGGACCAGGUACAAAAGCGGCGGCCGUUCAUCUACGCGGAAGUUGAUGUGAUGAAGCAGAAGGAAUGGACGAGAGCAUACCAAUACGAAGUCCCGGUGCUACAUAUUCAAAAGCCCGUGUCAGCCGGCGCUGAUCCGGAGGUUUUGACGGAGGCAAAGAAGCUCUUUCAUCGAUUCACACAGGAAGAGCUGGAAAAGGCAAUGGAUGAAGUUGAAAGAGCCAAUUGA